GUUCUCCUCUUCCACUAUGCGGCUGGUGCUGGUCGCUAUCAUUAUGCAGGUGGAAUCUGCGCAGUGUGCUUCAUAAUAGAGAUCUGCUACAGGGACCUCAACACACCAGUUCAUCUGGGCCCCCAAUCAGCUGGACACCGCCGUGGAAGAAGGCAGCAACAAGGCAUGGGAUAAAAGGACAAAUUGGAUUUUCUUUUCUUCAGACCUUGAAAGUAAAAUUUUGAAAAUGCUAAAAAAGCAGAUGCUAUCUUAAUAAUAAAAAAAAAAAUACUUGGAUCUGCGAGGAAUUAUAACAGGGUGCUGUGUUGUUACAAAGUGACUCCUCUCUUGGCGCAGUCCAAGCAGUCGCAGAGGAUGUUAUCCAGUUCCAAAGGAAGUGAAAGUCCCAAACAGCAAAAAAGGACGUAAUCUUUUGGGCAUCUCUUCUUUUUGCGCACACCGGAGCUAUGGAUGAAGGUACCGCCAGCGACACCAUCCCAGAUCUCAAGGAUAUAGAGACAAAAAUCGGCCGUAAAACCCCCGAGGGUUUGCUGAAGUGGAUGCGAGAAGAUGCCUGUUCUCUUCGCGGGGAGGGCAAACUGGCCCCUCAUCAGGACACCAGCAAAGACACUGGAAGGAAGAGUUUGGAUGAAAAGAUUAGAAAACUCAGGAUGGAGAUGGCUUAUCUUCGCUCAGUGGAUGUCAAGAUUCUGCAACAACUGCUGGCGGUCCACGAGGGCAUUGAGGCUGUGAAGUGGCUGAUGGACGAGCGCAGCACACUAACCAGUCAUUGCAGCAGCCUGACCAGCAGUCAGUACAGUCUGGGCGAGGGCCCUGACACGUCUUGGAGAGGUUCCUGGAGCAGUCUGCAGGACCCCACUAAUGACAAGCUUGACAACAUCUCAAUUGGCAGCUACCUGGAUACUUUGGCUGAUGACAUGGACGAGUACUGCCCUUCCAGCUCAGAGUCUGUCAUUUGCUCAACCACACCACUGGUUUCAGAAACUUCUCCUGGGGGCAACAUAGCUGGAGGCCCUAAAGUGUCUGGAGCAGGUUCUGCUCUGGGAGUGAGGGCUAAUAAUGGGUCUGGAAAUCGGAUUCAGUCUGGAACAAGUGACAGAGAUGAAGUGCUAGGGGGACCUGGGGUGAGCACUACUAUUAAAGGGUCUGGAGUAAGUGAGGCUGGAAAAUCAGCAGAUCCUAUCAGGUCUUACCAAGUCAAGUCAGACAGCUCUAAGGAAGAGAUUCCAGUGUGGACUAAGCCUGCAGAGAUGGAUAAUGGUAGCUCUGUUUCAAAAGACAAUGCCAAAACACAAGCAAUGAAGGCCAAUGGUGCUCUGAAAAAACCUGCAACACAGAGUGGCAGUCCAACUCGCAAAGGCCUUGUUGACAAACUGGGAACGAGCCAGAGCCCAAAAGCUAAACAAUACAAAAAUGGAAAGAUUGACCUGGAUACAUGUAAAAUGAAUGGCAAAAUGAACCUGGAGUAUGACGCUCAUUGGCUGUGGGUGCAGUCACAAGAAGAUGUGACAUUUUUGUAAAAAGGAUAAUCACAUGGGAGCCUAAAUGAAGGGAAGUACAGUGAUAAAUUAACACACUUAGUUAAAUAAACAGGGCAUGGUAGCUAUCCACGUGUUUAUCAACCCUUCCCUCUUGUGACUGCACUAUUUUUUCUAGAAAGCAUUGAUGUCAUAUUGUUUUGGCAGUGCUGCCGAUAUCAGAUGUAGGGAAAUUGAUAUAAAAAUGAAGUACCUUUUGUCUCAGGAUAUAAUGCAAUGCCGCACAUGCCAUAACUUUAAUUUUAUAUAUAUAUAUAUAUAUAUAUAUAUAUAUAUAUAUAUAUAUAUAUAUAUAUAUAUAUAUAUAUAUAUAUAUAUAUAUAUAUAUAUAUAUAUAUGUAUGUAUAAUUUACCUGUAGAAAAGCACAGUGGCAUAGUUUGCCAGAGAGUUAGACUAUGAUGACAGAUUCUGCAAUGUGGUAAUGGUUUCCAAAGGAAAUAUUGUCCUAAUGGGAAAUAAUUGCUUUAUCUGAUGUUUUUUUAUUUCACUGGGUUUAAAAUGUGAAAAAACUCUCCAGGUUCUUCUCAUGAUCAUUUUCAUGAGUCCAAUCCCAUGAUGUAGGAUGUUCCAAAAACAUUGCCACUAGUAUAGUUAGAUCUGCUAGAUCUAAGUGGAGAAAAUUACAAUAUUAGUUUUUUCAUACAGCGAAUCCCCAAAAACUGUACAGUAAAAACUCCCUCAUAUACGUUGUAAUGGGGUUUCCCAGUUAUUAUAGACAAUUUUUCUUAGUGCAUUGUCCCAAAAUGUGUGUUCAAGUGACUAUGUUGAGUUUGUGGGCAUGUCAUUACCUAAAACAUUCCUCUAACCAAUAGAAACCUUUGGUGUCUAAAGAGAAAGGCACUAAGGUUUAAAAUCAUUUUACAAAAACAAUAUACCACUAAUAGUAUAUUUGUCGCUAUACAGUUUACUACUGUGCAGGCAUGUAUAAUAAUGUAAAUUCACGAUACAGUUACUCUGUGCAUCUGUUAUUAGUGGUGAUUGACUGUGUGAAAAUCCUAAAAAUAGCCUAUUGAUUUUUCUCAGUUUUAUGCAAUGAAAAAGUUGUGCCUCUUUGAUGUAAACCUUAAUGUCACGCUGAAGAUUAAUGUCGUCAGAGCCUAUAUGCCUUGGUUUCUUUGUUAACUACGCUUUUGCAUCUGCUUGCGUGUACAGAUAUAGAUAACCCAGGACUCUGUGUGCUUUUUGAGAGCGGACUGGUAAAUGUGUUAUGUCGGCUGGGUAGAUGUUGCAUGCCUGGUGCUGAAAGCUUUAGUACUUGAUUUGCGGCGAUGGUGUGGAAGACGGAACAAUCAGACAAGAAAAGCAAUAUUUCAAAGACAUAUUUCAAUCUGUAGCCACCGAAUUACUAGAGUGGGCUUAUUUAGCAAGUAUAAAUCCCAUAACAUGUUCUGUUUUUGGAUUACCAGGAUAUUUAUGAACAGUAAAAGAUGAGUCCCAAAGGUUUUACAAACAUUUUUUGGCUCAUCCAUCACAUUGUUACUGUUGCUUUUGUCAGCCAGCAAGUAAGCAUAGGAAUUUUAAUGGGUUGGUGGGAUGAUUCUGAGCUGCACAUUUUGCAUUACCUGUGCAUGGCAUUGAGCCAAUAGUAAAAAAUAAUUGGUAGAAUAAAAUUAUUACAAGGCAUGCAUCAUCUUUUUGAUUUAUUUAUUUUUUAGUUUUUUAGGGUUUUAGUACACAAUACAUCAGUUCUCAUGUUUGAAAUUUAGAUAUUUGUAAAAA